CUCAAAAAUAAGAAAACCUCAACUCUCAAUCGAAGGAGCAGAGGAGCUUGAUUCAGAACUCACUUUUGGAUUCGAUUCUCGACGGGCAGAGCUCAAAGCCCAUCUAACUGUGAGUAAAUCUUCAGACUUGAACCUCUUUUGUUUCCACCAUUUCAAUCUAUAGAUUUAACCAUACUUCAAUGGCCAGAGCUUCAUCUUCAAUCUUAAUAUUCCUCCGCCAAAACCCUCGUGCUCUCAAAAAACCCAAUACCCAAAUCCGAUACCUUACCGUAGAAACCAAAGAUUGUGACUUUACAGAAGUUGCCCAACAGAUUUGUAGGAUCAUUAGAACAAAACCCAGAUGGGAGAACACUCUGUCCUCUGAGUACCCUUCUUUAGAUUUCUCUGAUCCUCGGUUUAUCCGUGAGGUUUUGAAGCAGCAGAGCAGUGUGCUCCUUUCGGUUCGGUUCUUCUUGUGGUUGAGCUCUCGAAAAGGGUUUUCGCCAGACCCCAUUUCGUGUAAUGCGGUUUUCAAUGCUCUUGUGGAGGCUAAGGCCUGCAGUGCAGCACAAUCUUUUCUUAAGUCCACGGGUUUUAGCCCCGAGCCGGUUUCAUUGGAAAGUUAUGCUCGGUGUCUUUGGGAGGCUGGGAGGAUUAAGGAAGCCUGUGAUGUGUUUGAGAGGUUGAAAGGGGCUGGAGUGUGCCCGUCGAUUGGGACUUGGAAUGCGGCUUUGUCGGGGUGCCUGAAGGCUAAGAGGACAGAUAUGGUUUGGAAGUUGUAUCAAGAAAUGAUGGAAUAUGGUGUUGUAGCUGAUGUUGAGACUGUUGGGUGUCUCAUUCGAGGAUUUUGUGAUGAUAAUGAGGUAUUCAAAGGUUAUGGACUUCUUACUCAGGUUUUGGAAGAUGGAGUAGUCCCUGGAAAAGCUGCUUUCAAUCGGUUGAUAUCUGAGUUUUGUAAGGAGAAGGAAUAUACUAAAGUGUCUGACCUCCUCCAUACAAUGAUAGUGAUGAACUGUGCUCCCGAUAUUUUUACUUAUCAGGAGGUAAUCAAUUGGUUGUGCAAGAAAGGAAGGCCAUAUGAGGGUUUUCGGAUUUUCAAUGAUCUUAAGUAUAGAGGCUAUGCUCCUGAUAUUGUCAUGUACACAACCAUGAUUCAUGGUCUUUGUACGAUGGGUUGGCUUGGAGAAGCUAGGAAGCUAUGGUUUGAGAUGAUUGAUAAGGGAUUUCAUCCAAGCAAGUACACUUACAACACCCUAAUUCAUGGGUUUUGUAAGAGUGGAAUUUUAGAACAGGCCCAGAUGUGCAGGGAGAUGUGUGAUAAGGGAUUUCGUCCAAGCAAGUACACUAACAAUACCAUGAUUCAUGGGUUUUGUAAGAGUGGAAAUUUAGAACAGGCCUGGAUCUUGUGCAAGGAGAUGGGUGAUAAGGGAUUUCGUCCAAGCAAGUACAUUUACGAUAUCAUGAUUCAUGGGUUUUGUAAGAGUGGAAAUUUCAAACAGGCCAGGAUCAUUUGCAAGGAGAUGUGUGAUAAAGGUUAUAUGGAAACCACAAUCAAUCGCAACGCAAUGAUGACAGGGCUUUGUUUACAUGGAAGGACAGGUCAGGCUUAUAAGCUGUUUAAAAAAUAGCCCCAACUGGAUAUUGGUCGUGAUGUGAUAACAUCAACACCCAUACAAGGUUUCUGCAAGGAAGGUAAGAUAGUUGAUAGUAUGAACAUAUUCAGAGAGUUCCUCACUCAAGGCUUACGGCCAUCAGCUCAAUCUUACGCCCCACUUAUUGUUGAAGCACUUUGUCAGGUGGGAAGAGUAGAAGAAGUAAAAAGUUUGUGGAAUGAUAUGAAGAAUAAAGGUCUUCAACCAAUUUCCAGCACUCAUGAUUAUAUCAUUAAUGGAUUGUGUGAUCAAGGAGAUCUUGCUGAGGGAAUGGAUCGGUUGGUUGCAAUGCUAACAGAUAAGCUAAAACCAAAGCAGAGAACCUUUUCGAAUUUGCUUUGUUGUCUCUCACAAAGGAGGUUGGAUGAUUCUUUACUUGUUUUGGACUUUUUGUUUACGUUAGGUUAUAGACUCAGGAAAUAUAUAUGUUAUAGUUUGGUCAAUAAUCUGCCCCAUUUUGUUGAAACAUGUCUAGGGAAGAUCUUGGAAGGAGGUGAUAUUUCAACCUGUUUGUGAUAUGUUCCAUGCAACUCAUAUAACUUAUUAAUAGUGAGAAAUGCAAAAAGGAUUUUUAUCUUUCUUUCAAUA